UCGAUCGGCGGUCACACUGAACGCUAAAAUUAAAAUUCGGAUUAUAGGUGGUUUCGCUGCUGAAUUUUCGGAAGAAUAGUGUUCAAUUGUGUAAAGUGCAAUAGCUAUAGAAUAGAACUACCAUAUGCUAAUACGGAAAAAGUGAUAUUUGACUGGAAAAAUAGGAAAAAGAAAGCAGUGUGUGCUGCGAAGACGAAUUGAAGGAGAGACAGAGUAACAAUGAGCAAGCGAGACGGCAACUGGCCAGUGUGUGCGCUAUAGCCGAGCUCCUCUAACCAAAUAAAACAAAACAAAGGAGAGACAAAGGAUAGAAACCCCGAAAAAGGCACACACACACACACAUAAGCACACACUAGCAAUAAGAAGAACAGGCAGCAGACAGAUGAAUUAAAACAAAUGGAGUUUAAUUAAUUCGUAAUCAAAGGGUCCAAGGAUAUAACAAUCCAAUCCAAUCGGAUACCAUAUCCAUAGCUUUCAGCGAAAUAGUGAAUAGUGAAGGGAACUCAAGAGAAAAGACGUCGCCAAAUUGUGCAUGUGCAUGUGACAGUGUGAGUGUGUGUAUGCCAGUGUAAGUGCGUGUGCAUAUGGGGUUGGAAAACUGUGAAAACUCAAAAAACGCAAAAGUCUUUGGCUCUGAUUAACUCGCGGAAAACUCAUCGCUAGGCAGGUGAAGAGAAGAUGCCGAGCGCUUCGUUCACCUCGUCGCGCACUUACGUGCGACGCUCUCGCCGGAAAGGAGCCAACCGGAUAGCAAUGCCCAACCGGCCGACAGGCAACAUUAUGGAUCCCAUGCUCCAGCAGAAUGUGGCCGCUGCCGGAACGGGAGCAAGUCCAUCCGGUUCCAAUAGUAGCGGCGCUGGUGGUAGCGGUGCUAACAACAGCAGCAGCGGCGGGAGCAGUAGCGCCACAUCCACUUCUGGAGCAGCCGCAGCAGCAGCCGCCGCCGGAGCAACUGCAGCUGGAGCCUCCAAUUCAGCGGAGUACUUUGACAGCGGCCAAGGAGCCAGCGGAUCCAGUGGAGCAGCCUCUUCGGGCUUCUCUGGCAGCUUUUACAAUGCCCUGCAAAUGAUGGACACCACUGAGAGUUCGGGCGCUGGUCCAAGCCAACCAACGCCACCGGCUUUAGGAGCCUCCUCUUCCACUUCCACAAAGUCCACCUGCGCCACAGCCGGAUCAAGUACGGCAAGCACAUCAGCCGCGGCGGCAGCUGCAGCCACCGCUUCUGCUGGUAGUCAUCAGAGCCCGUAUGACUUGCGCCGCAAGAUCUCCGCCAGUAGCCACGAGCAGUGGCCGACCAGCUCCUCUUCCGCCGUAGCAGCAGCUGCCGCCAUACUCGUAGGACCCUCGAGCAGCUCCCCGCCGCUGGUUAAUCCAGGCGCCUCGCCAUCUAGCUCCUCGUCGUCGUCCUCCUCUAGCUCCUCUUCUUCCUCCGCCUCAUCCUCGAGCUCGUCGUCCAAUGUACAGGCACCCUCUACCAGUGCCACCUUCCCAGUGAACAAUGCACCCACUACGGGAGCCACGUUGGCGCAGCCACCCAAUGUCCACAGCUCUGUGCCGCAACAGCAUUGUGGGGCACUGCCCGUAGGAGCGGCUAUCGAGGACAAUAACUACAUGCUUCCGGCGAGAAAAAGAUCGCGACGACUCUACACCCAAGGUGGAGAGAUGGGUCCAAGUGCGGGAGCCUCAGGGGAAUCAGCCGGAGCAGGAACAUCAGCAUCUAGUGGAGCAGGUUGUGCACCCACGGCAGCCCAAUACCUUCAGUACGAACUGCCCGACGAGGUGCUACUGGCUAUCUUCUCGUAUCUGAUGGAACAAGACCUCUGCCGCCUGGCGCUUGUAUGUAAGCGUUUUAACACCAUUGCCAACGACACGGAACUGUGGAAGCGUCUCUACCAGUCGGUCUUUGAGUACGACCUGCCGCUAUUCAACCCGGAACUCUGCAAGUUCGUGUUCGAAAAGCCUGAGGAGUCGGAGUACGCCAAUCCGUGGAAGGAGAGUUUCCACCAGUUAUACCGUGGAGUCCAUGUGCGCCCUGGUUACCAGGAGCGUCGCAGUUCCGGUCGCAGCAUUGUGUUCUUCAACACCAUUCAGGCGGCUCUGGAUUACCCCGAAGAGCGUGCCGCUGCGGGAGUCUUUGUGCCCGCUGGCGCAGGAGGUGGCAAUGUGGUUUCCGCCGGGUUGUCCAACACAAGUGCGUCGGCUGGUGCCGGAGGUGCAGGUGGUGCCAGCGUCAAUGCGCUGGUCAACAUCUAUGAGGAGCAGGUGGCACCCACUGAACACCCAGGACCAUUGAUUUUCCUGCAUGCCGGCCACUACAAGGGCGAAUAUCUGUUCAUCGACUCAGACGUGGCCCUUGUUGGAGCCGCGCCUGGGAAUGUGGCCGAAUCUGUGAUCCUGGAGCGAGAGGCCGGAUCUACGGUAAUGUUCGUAGAGGGUGCCAAGUACGCUUACGUAGGCUACCUCACCCUCAAGUUUUCGCCGGAAGUCACUUCUACAGUAUCGCAUCAUAAGCACUACUGUCUGGACAUUGGCGAGAACUGUUCCCCCACCGUGGACAACUGCAUCAUUCGCUCUACCUCGGUUGUGGGCGCUGCCGUCUGUGUGGGCGGUGUUAAUGCCAAUCCCGUCAUCCGUAACUGCGAUAUCAGCGAUUGCGAGAAUGUGGGUCUCUACGUCACCGACUACGCCCAGGGAACCUACGAGCACAACGAGAUUAGCCGGAACGCCCUAGCAGGCAUUUGGGUCAAGAACUUUGCCAGUCCUAUUAUGCGGGAGAACCACAUACACCAUGGCCGGGAUGUGGGCAUCUUUACAUUCGAAAAUGGAAUGGGCUACUUUGAGAAGAAUGAUAUUCACAACAACCGCAUAGCUGGCUUCGAAGUUAAGGCCGGAGCAAAUCCUACCGUAGUCAAGUGUGAGAUCCAUCAUGGCCAGACGGGUGGCAUUUAUGUGCAUGAGAAUGGACUCGGUCAGUUCAUAGAGAACCGCAUUCAUUCGAAUAACUUUGCAGGUGUUUGGAUAACGUCCAACAGCAAUCCUACAAUCCGCAAGAACGAAAUCUACAACGGACAUCAAGGGGGAGUGUACAUCUUUGGCGAGGGACGCGGUCUUAUUGAGCACAACAACAUAUACGGCAAUGCGCUGGCCGGUAUUCAGAUUCGCACCAAUAGUGAUCCCAUAGUGCGGCAUAAUAAGAUCCAUCAUGGCCAGCACGGUGGCAUCUAUGUGCACGAGAAGGGGCAAGGACUAAUCGAGGAAAACGAGGUAUACUCCAACACAUUGGCUGGUGUGUGGAUUACCACUGGAAGCACUCCAGUUUUGAGACGCAACCGGAUCCACUCGGGCAAACAGGUUGGAGUCUACUUCUACGACAACGGACAUGGCAAAUUGGAAGACAACGACAUAUUCAACCACUUGUACUCCGGGGUGCAGAUCCGUACGGGCAGUAAUCCUGUGAUCCGAGGGAACAAGAUCUGGGGUGGACAGAAUGGUGGAGUACUUGUGUAUAAUGGCGGUCUGGGGUUGCUAGAGCAGAACGAAAUCUUCGACAAUGCCAUGGCCGGCGUUUGGAUUAAAACCGACUCCAACCCAACGCUAAAGCGCAACAAGAUUUAUGACGGCCGCGAUGGUGGUAUCUGCAUCUUCAACGGCGGCAAAGGUAUCCUCGAGGAAAACGACAUUUUUCGCAACACGCAGGCCGGAGUACUGAUCUCGACGCAGUCUCAUCCGAUCCUGCGACGAAAUCGCAUCUACGAUGGCCAAGCAGCCGGCGUAGAGAUAACCAAUAAUGCGACGGCGACGCUAGAGCAUAAUCAGAUAUUCAAGAAUAAGUUCGGCGGGCUGUGCCUUGCCAGUGGAGUUCAGCCUAUUACCCGGGGCAAUAACAUAUUUAACAACGAGGACGAGGUGGAGAAGGCCGUAUCCAGCGGGCAGUGCCUGUACAAAAUUAGCAGCUACACCUCAUUUCCCAUGCACGACUUCUACCGCUGCCAGACCUGCAAUACAACCGACCGCAACGCCAUCUGCGUCAAUUGCAUCAAGAAUUGUCAUGCUGGUCAUGACGUAGAGUUUAUACGACACGAUCGCUUCUUCUGCGACUGCGGUGCUGGCACCCUGUCCAACCAGUGUCAACUGCAAGGAGAACCCACUCAAGACACAGAUACGCUCUACGACUCGGCGGCGCCUAUGGAAUCACAUACGCUGAUGGUGAACUAGAGAACUAACUUCGGCAGCUCUACCACGGUCCCUAUCCUUAACUAUAUCUUAAGUUGUUAAGGCCAAGCUCUCAAAUCUCUCGCACAUCUCACGUGUUGCUGUAAAUAUUCGAAAGAAACCAACAAAAACACACUAAAAUACAAUUAAUUGUAUGUAAAUAAUAACAAAUUGAUCUUGCGUUCAAAAUUUAACUCAAUGUGCAAUUUAGUUUAACACGAACUCACACGCAAAGUUUUCACUUUUUAACUGAGCAUGGAACGGAUAAAUCAAUGCAAAAGAACACUGAAAUUUAACCCAUUUAUGUCACAACGAAUGAUAAACUGUAAGGAGCAAAACCUUUAUAAUACACAAUGCAUUUGUUCGUACGUCGAAAUGUUGUAAACGAAGGAGGAGCAAAACGAGUCCUCUCGAACCCAGUGAAGAACAAUUUUGUAAUGUAGAUUAGUAGAGAUUUUAAAUUUACAUCAAUUAAUAUAAACUACGUGUAAGCCAUAGACAUUAAUAAGAGAUAUAAGCAGGCGAGCGUUUCGGCCCCUGGUCUAACAACAAUUCGAAGAAAGCAAUUCUAAGUAUUAACAACAAACUAGAUUAGCGGCAGCCAAUGCUUCAGCAAACUAACCUAUGAAUAUACGAGUAUAGUAAACACAUAACAUAAACUACAUUUAAACAAAAUACAGCACACUAUAUAAAUA